AUGGAGCGUGAUAACUUUGACACAGAACUUUUUAUCGACGAAAUUGAGAAAAGGGUAGCUAUAUGGGAUAUGGAAUCAUCAGAUUAUUCUAAUAGAAUCAUUAAACGUAGGAACUGGGAAGAAAUAGUAGAAAUUUUUUGUGAAGCUGGUGAUUCCGAGGAGAAAAAAAAAACUUUAGGUACUUUAUUGCAGAAGAAGUGGAAAGGGUUGCGUGAUGGCUUUGUAAGAGAAAUGAAGAAGAAGAAAACCACACCGUCUGGAUCAGGAGCCUCCAGCAAAGCCAAAUAUAUUUAUUUUGAACGUUUGAUGUUCCUCGAAAGAUCGACACGGAAUAAAAUAACUGAGAGUAAUAUCAACACCGCGUCUGUUGCAGUUGAAGAACAGGAGUUUUCGGGCGAUGGGGAAGAUGUAAUGAGACCUCCACGUAGUCAGGCGAAAAAGAAGAAAAAACUAAAUGCAGCCGACGAAGAAUUUCUUUCCAUCAUAAAAACAAAUUUAGCAUCUGGAAAUCAGCCACAGACAUUAAACCAAACGGAGUCAGAUGAUGACAAACUAUUUUGUUUGUCCUUACACAAAGAGCUUCUUAAAGUACCAGAGGAACACAGACUUCAAACAAAAAUUGAAUUAAUGAAAGUACUUCAAGCUCAACAAGUACUGUGCCUUAAACCUGCAGCUGCUCGUUCCGACUACCAACCUUCGUCACAAUAUCAUUACCAAACAGGAAUGACUCAACGUGGACAGAGAGAUUAUUUUGGAGAAACAGGGUAUACCGCAACAGACCCUUCAACAUCUUCGUUUCCACCUGCAACCUUUUCGACUUACAAUCGAGGUUAUUGUACUGCUUCACGACCACCAAUGACGUCUAGCUACAAAACCCCAUCACCGGCAUCUACACAAGAUUCCAAUGAAUCUGAAUUAAUGGAACUUUACGAUAAUUAAAUUCAAUAUUAAGUACCUACCUAUAUAAGAAUGAUUCCUAAUUUUUGUUAAUUUUGUUCAAAUUCUUUAUUUUUGUUAAUUAGGUCUUAGUUUAUACUUACUAAAGCUAUAAAAAAUAUUACCUCAAAGUAAUCACGAGUUUUUCUUCUGCAGAAACAGUAUCCCGUACCACAUAAUUUUGACAAGGAGUCAAAUCUUCUUUGAUAAUUUCUAGUAAAUCAUCAAACGAUGCUACUGACAUCCGAAAGUAGUUGAAAAACUUUUCACUAUAUUCUCUGAGUUUUGGGUAUAAAGUUAUAAACAUACUAUGCGUCAUUCUGUCGCGUAGAAUGGGAUGCACGUUAAAUCGUCGACUUUCUCUUCGUUUACGACGUCUCCAUCGACGGUAUGCAAGCCACAACAGAACCGCUUUAUCCGAGUCCAUGUUUAUAACUGGCCUAAAGCCGUCUCAUCACAUGCGCGCGUGAAACGCGAGUGAUUUCGCCGCAUCUGGACGCAAUACAAAUCAAAACGCGCGAGUGGACACGCGCGCAAAUCGCGCUUUCUGGACAGGCUCUAAAUAGCGGGCAAGCUAGCGACUGGCGCGCGCGCGCCGCUCGCGGCAAUAUCAAACGCGUGAGAUGUUUGUGUGUGUUUACGUCGAACUAGCGGCGGAGCGCGCGAUUCACUCGCGACGUCAGGUAAGUUCAACCAGUAUGAACUUGUCGCUAGAAACGGUAGCACGUCUCCAUCAUGUCUUUCAAUACAGAAGAGUUUAUUAGUGCUGUUCAGGCUAGAACUCCGAUUUGGCAAAGCAAACACAGGCAUCAUAUGAACAGAAAUAUUCUCAAUAAGCUAUGGAAGGAAAUUGCGGAAUUGUUUCCUGAAAUGGAGGGUGAGUAAAUGAAAUAUUGUGGGUACCUAUUUUUAACUUUUUAUUUUUCUAAAGGAAUAUUAUGACAGACUACAAAAGAUACAAAAAUAUAUUACAAAGAUGGCGACGUAUAUAUUAAACGAUUGUUCUCCCAAAAAUAUUUCGUGAAUAAACUCCGAAUUUGUUUAGCUCGAUUUGAUGGAUUGUUGUUUCUUCCAGUUUGUCGCCUUUGGUGCUGAGUUUCAGUUGUUAACUCAUCAUUGAAAUUGUAACCAUCUAUAUCAAUUACAAUAUUAUGCAAUAAGCAAGCGGUUUUGAUAAUCAGGCGUGCAUGUUUAACAUCAGUUUCAAUAGGUUUUAACAAAACUCGCCAUUUAUUGCAUAAAAUUCCAAAUGCACACUCCACGGUUUUUCUCGCUCUUGACAAUCUAUUAUUAAAAUGUUCUCUCUCUUGAUUCAAUGUUCUUUGUGGAUAUGGACGCAUAAGAUACUCUUUAAGAGGAUAAGCUUCAUCGGCUACUAUAACAUAUGGAGCUGUAAUAUUAGAAUUGGGUAAUGUUCUUGGUUCUGGAAUAUUGAAUGCGCCUCUUUCGAGUAACCGGUUCAGGGACGAGGCGUUGAAUGUACCGCCGUCGCUUUGCUUUCCUCUACCUCCCACUUCAAUAGUUAAAAAUCUUUUGUUCGCAUCAGCCACAGCUUGCAAAACAAUAGAGAAAUAAUGCUUGUAGUUAAAAAAUGCCGAUCCUGAUCGUUUAGGUCGUUUAAUUCUACAAUGUUUACCAUCUAAGCUGCCAAUGCAGUUAGGAAAGUUCCACAUUUUCUCAAAAUCUGAAGAAAUAUGCUUAAGCUGGUCUUCAGAUGGCAGUGGCAUGUGGACAUUCAAAUUUUUUUUCCAAAUAGCUUCACAGGUACUAUAAACAAUCUCAGACACUGUACUAACACCCAAACGAAAGCUAUAAGCCAAAGAUCGAAAUGCCAACCCAGUGGAAAGAUAUCUGAAACAUAUAAAAAAAAUACAAUUAUUACGUAAAAUUUAAAUAUAUCUAUACUAAUUACUUUAUAUACCUACUAAAAUUAUAUAAGGCAUCAACACUAAACAAUAUUUAAUUUUUAUAGAAAAGGCUUUAAGAAAAAAAUGGAAGAAUAUUCGGGACCAAUUUAUGAAAGAGUUUAAAAAAAUUCCGGUUUCUCGUUCUGGAGAUGCUGGAACUGAUCAAAACACUUCAAUGUGGCCAUAUUUUCAAAUGAUGCAGUUUAUAAAAGAUGACGUUACCCCAGAAUUAAAUGAAGGCAAUUUAGAUGAAACUGCUGAUGGAAACUGUAGUGAUAAUAAUGAACGGUCCCCAACUCCCCAGUCAAUAGCUGGUUCAUCUACAAGUACACAAUAUACGAGCACCAAACGUAAAUGUGCACAAGAUGUAAGACAGGAAUUCAUGGAAUUAGAGAAGAAAAAGUUGGAAUUAUUACAAAUUAAACUGUCGCAAAGCAGCGAAAGGCAAGAACAAGAUUGCGAAGACCUGUUAUUUUUUAAAAGUCUGUUGCCGUACAUGAAGGAGUUUACUCCUAUGCAAAAAUUACGUACGAGAAACAAAAUUACAGAAGUUGUUAUGAAUGAAAUGAAUAGUUUCACGUCCCAGGCUUACCAUAGUUACAAUAGUUACGAAUAUAACACAUCAAAUUAUGGAAAUUAAACUUUAAAUAUAAUUAA